UUCAUUAAACUCCAAUCUCAUCAUGCAUGCCCACUUCUGUCUGGUAGUCCUGAUUCUUGUGCUGGCUCUUGAUAGUCAAGGAAUAAUCCUUGGACGAAAGGCUGCACCACACAGCAGGCCUUACAUGGUGCUUGUUCAGACGUGGGACAGUAAAAUGACCCGCGGAAGCUUCCUUCUGAACGAGGACUUUGUCUUGACAGCAGCAAGCUGCCAAGACAGGUCCUACACAGUCCUCUUAGGACUUCACAAUUAUUAUGAUCAAAACGGGGUCCAGAAAGUGUCUGUGGAACAAGCGUUCCCACAUGAAGACUAUAAUCCUACUGAAUACACACAUGACGUAAUGCUUCUUAAGCUGAGCUCCAAGGUAAAAUACAGCGAAACAGUGAAACCCAUUCCCCUCGCGGGUGGAGAUGACGGCCAUCUGCCACAGUCCUGCUCGGUCGCAGGGUGGGGACGAAACGAACCUAACAGCGAACAUAAUUCUCCCAUCCUCAUGGAGGUCAAUGUCACACUGAUUGAAAAGGAGGUGUGUAAAAAGAGGAUGGUGUACUGCUCCAAAGUACAACCUGGACCACGAGAGGGAGACUCUGGAGGUCCACUGGUGUGUGAAGGGAAAGCAUACGGGGUGGUGUCCGCUGGAGUCCGUGAGGGGGAGAACGGACCACUGCUUUUUUGUACUUACACCAAGAUACCUGACUAUAAAAGCUGGAUUGAUGCAACUGUAAAACGUGCUCGGAAAGCUUCUGUUUUAUGCAGGAAGAAUCAUUGGAAAACGAAAGGCUGCGCCACACAGCAGGCCUUACAUGGUGCUUGUGGAGAUGUGGAACAGUAAUAAGAUCUGCGGAGGCUUCCUUCUGAACGAAGACUUUGUCAUGACAGCAGCACACUGCCGAGACAGGGAGACUCUGGAGGUCCACUGGUGUGUGAAGGGAAAGCAUACGGGGUGGUGUCCUUCGGAGUCCGUGAGGGGGAGAACGGACCGCUGCUUUUUUGUACUUACACCAAGAUACCCGACUAUAAAAGCUGGA